AUGAGCCAGAGAAACCUUCAGCGUGUAGUGUAUUCCAGGGCCAAGAGACAGCCAGAUCUUAAGGAUCAGUACGCAGAGGGAGAGGGGACCUCGAACACCAUCGACCGCAGCAAGAGGCCAAAGUUCUCCAAGCCUCAAAUGGACAAGAACACCUGCAGUGGAUAUGCCACGGACAGUGACUCAGAACUAUCACUCACAGCGUGCCUCAACCGCUUCACAGUGCUGCAGUCCAGCCCCUCACCCCCAUCCUCCACCACUCGGGAAAGUAGCAGCACAGCCAAAAAGCGCAGAAAGCAGAGGAAGCGCACCGAUAAGCGGCGGAUCACUGAGACACCAUCACCGUCAUCAGCAGUCAACGAGGACCAACCUGAGCUCAGCAGCAGCGUCUCAGACUCUGAUGAUGUGCCAAAAGUGCAGCCAGUUGGUGAGAGGUCUUCCUCACCUGGGCUCAUGCAGCCUGAAGCCCCCGUGGAGAGACAGGAAGCUCAGCCCACUCCUACCACAAGUGAACCGGAGCUUCCCCUCCGCGCCCCGUUCAGCACACGUUUCAAUCUCCCACUUGCAGCGGCCAAUUCAGGUGAAUGUCCCUCAGACAGGGAGUCAGUCACUUGUAACUUGUCCUCAGCCGAGGAGCAAGAACCCUCUGUGGCACCACAUCGGCCUCCCAGCACAGACGAGCCUCUCUUGGACGCCCCAACAACUCUGGCUGCCUUGUCUGUAGCAGCCCCAGAGGAUUUGAACGGCCUUGCAGAGUCAAGGACUGAGCUGGAGACAGCGUCCCAUGAGCCUUCACUCAUGCCCCCUGCUGCGCUCCAGCCCCAGGCCUCUAGUCCUGAAGCCUCCACUGAAACUGUGCCUCCUGACAUGAGGCCACAGGUUGCCGUUCCUGCACUGCUCCCAGACUUGGACCCGAAGAGAACUCUGGAAAGCAGCACAGCCAAAAAGCGCAGAAAGCAGAGGAAGCGCAACAACAAGCAGAUGAUCUCUGCAACGUCAUCAGCGGUCAACGAGGACCAACCUGAGCCGGAGCUCAGCAGCAGCGUCUCAGACUCUGAUGAUGUGCCAAAAGUGCAGCCAGUUGGUGAGAGGUCUUCCUCACCUGGGCUCAUGCAGCCUGAAGCCCCCGUGGAGAGACUGGAAGCUCAGCCCACUCCUACCACAAGUGAACCGGAGCUUCCCCUUCCCGCCACGUUCAGCACACGUGUCAAUCUCCAACUUGCAGCGGCUAAUUCAGGUGAAUGUCCCUCAGACAGGGAGUCAGUCACUUGUAACUUGUCCUCAGCCGAGGAGCAGGAACCCUCUGUGGCACCACCUCGGCCUCCCAGCACAGACGAGCCUCUCUUGGACGCUCCAACACCUCUGGCUGCCUUGUCUCUAGCAGCCCCCGAGGAUUUGAACGGCCUUGCAGAGUCAAGGACUGAGCUGGAGACAGCGUCCCAUGAGCCCUCACUCAUGCCCCCUGCUGCACUCGCUCAGCCCCAGGCCUCUAGUCCUGAAGCCUCCACUGAAACUGUGCCUCCUGACAUGAGGCCACAGGUUGCCGUUCCUGCACUGCUCCCAGACUUGGACCCGAAGAGAACUCUGGAAAGCAGCACAGCCAAAAAGCGCAGAAAGCAGAGGAAGCGCAACAACAAGCAGAUGAUCUCUGCAACGUCAUCAGCGGUCAACGAGGACCAACCUGAGCCGGAGCUCAGCAGCAGCGUCUCAGACUCUGAUGAUGUGCCAAAAGUGCAGCCAGUUGGUGAGAGGUCUUCCUCACCUGGGCCCGUGCAGCCUGAAGCCCCCGUGGAGAGACUGGAAGCUCAGCCCACUCCUACCACAAGUGAACCUGAGCUUCCCCUCCCCGCCACGUUCAGCACACGUGUCAAUCUCCCACUUGCAGCGGCCAGUUCAGGUGAAUGUCCCUCACACAGGGAGUCAGUCACUUGUAACUUGUCCUCAGCCGAGGAGCAGGAACCCUCUGUGGCACCACCUCGGCCUCCCAGCACAGACGAGCCUCUCUUGGACGCUCCAACAACUCUGGCUGCCUUGUCUCUAGCAGCCCCCGAGGAUUUGAACGGCCUUGCAGAGUCAAGGACUGAGCUGGAGACAGCGUCCCAUGAGCCCUCACUCAUGCCCCCUGCUGCACUCGCUCAGCCCCAGGCCUCUGGUCCUGAAGCCUCCACUGAAACUGUGCCUCCUGACAUGAGGCCACAGGUUGCUGUUCCUGCACUGCUCCCAGACUUGGACCCGAAGAGAACUCUGGAAAGCAGCACAGCCAAAAAGCGCAGAAACGGCAGGAAGCGCAACAACAAGCAGAUGAUCUCUGCAACGUCAUCAGCGGUCAACGAGGACCAACCUGAGCCGGAGCUCAGCAGCAGCGUCUCAGACUCUGAUGAUGUGCCAAAAGUGCAGCCAGUUGGUGAGAGGUCUUCCUCACCUGGGCUCAUGCAGCCUGAAGCCCCCGUGGAGAGACUGGAAGCUCAGCCAACUCCUACCACAAGUGAACCUGAGCUUCACCUCCCCGCCCCGUUCAGCACACGUUUCAAUCUCCCACUUGCAGCGACUAAUUCAGGUGAAUGUCCCUCACACAGGGAGUCAGUCACUUGUAACUUGUCCUCAGCCGAGGAGCAGGAACCCUCUGUGGCACCACCUCGGCCUCCCAGCACAGACGAGCCUCUCUUGGACGCCCCAAAAACUCUGGCUGCCUUGUCUGUAGCAGCCCCAGAGGAUUUGAACGGCCUUGCAGAGUCAAGGACUGAGCUGGAGACAGCGUCCCAUGAGCCUUCACUCAUGCCCCCUGCUGCACUCCAGCCCCAGGCCUCUAGUCCUGAAGCCUCCACUGAAACUGUGCCUCCUGACAUGAGGCCACAGGUUGCCGUUCCUGCACUGCUCCCAGACUUGGACCCGAAGAGAACUCUGGAAAGCAGCACAGCCAAAAAGCGCAGAAAGCAGAGGAAGCACAACAACAAGCAGAUGAUCUCUGCAACGUCAUCAGCGGUCAACGAGGACCAACCUGAGCCGGAGCUCAGCAGCAGCGUCUCAGACUCUGAUGAUGUGCCAAAAGUGCAGCCAGUUGGUGAGAGGUCUUCCUCACCUGGGCUCAUGCAGCCUGAAGCCCCCGUGGAGAGACUGGAAGCUCAGCCCACUCCUACCACAAGUGAACCGGAGCUUCCCCUUCCCGCCACGUUCAGCACACGUGUCAAUCUCCAACUUGCAGCGGCUAAUUCAGGUGAAUGUCCCUCAGACAGGGAGUCAGUCACUUGUAACUUGUCCUCAGCCGAGGAGCAGGAACCCUCUGUGGCACCACCUCGGCCUCCCAGCACAGACGAGCCUCUCUUGGACGCUCCAACACCUCUGGCUGCCUUGUCUCUAGCAACCCCCGAGGAUUUGAACGGCCUUGCAGAGUCAAGGACUGAGCUGGAGACAGCGUCCCAUGAGCCCUCACUCAUGCCCCCUGCUGCACUCGCUCAGCCCCAGGCCUCUAGUCUUGAAGCCUCCACUGAAACUGUGCCUCCUGACAUGAGGCCACAGGUUGCCGUUCCUGCACUGCUCCCAGACUUGGACCCGAAGAGAACUCUGGAAAGCAGCACAGCCAAAAAGCGCAGAAAGCAGAGGAAGCGCAACAACAAGCAGAUGAUCUCUGCAACGUCAUCAGCGGUCAACGAGGACCAACCUGAGCCGGAGCUCAGCAGCAGCGUCUCAGACUCUGAUGAUGUGCCAAAAGUGCAGCCAGUUGGUGAGAGGUCUUCCUCACCUGGGCUCGUGCAGCCUGAAGCCCCCGUGGAGAGACUGGAAGCUCAGCCCACUCCUACCACAAGUGAACCUGAGCUUCACCUCCCCGCCACGUUCAGCACACGUGUCAAUCUCCCACUUGCAGCGGCCAGUUCAGGUGAAUGUCCCUCACACAGGGAGUCAGUCACUUGUAACUUGUCCUCAGCCGAGGAGCAGGAACCCUCUGUGGUACCACCUCGGCCUCCCAGCACAGACGAGCCUCUCUUGGACGCUCCAACAACUCUGGCUGCCUUGUCUCUAGCAGCCCCCGAGGAUUUGAACGGCCUUGCAGAGUCAAGGACUGAGCUGGAGACAGCGUCCCAUGAGCCCUCACUCAUGCCCCCUGCUGCACUCGCUCAGCCCCAGGCCUCUAGUCUUGAAGCCUCCACUGAAACUGUGCCUCCUGACAUGAGGCCACAGGUUGCUGUUCCUGCACUGCUCCCAGACUUGGACCCGAAGAGAACUCUGGAAAGCACAGCCAAAAAGCGCAGAAAGCAGAGGAAGCGCAACAACAAGCAGAUGAUCUCUGCAACGUCAUCAGCGGUCAACGAGGACCAACCUGAGCCGGAGCUCAGCAGCAGCGUCUCAGACUCUGAUGAUGUGCCAAAAGUGCAGCCAGUUGGUGAGAGGUCUUCCUCCCCUGGGCUCAUGCAGCCUGAAGCCCCCGUGGAGAGACUGGAAGCUCAGCCCACUCCUACCACAAGUGAACCUGAGCUUCCCCUCCCCGCCACACUCAGCACACGUUUCAAUCUCCCACUUGCAGCGGCUAAUUCAGGUGAAUGUCCCUCAGACAGGGAGUCAGUCACUUGUAACUUGUCCUCAGCCGAGGAGCAGGAACCCUCUGUGGCACCACCUCGGCCUCCCAGCACAGACGAGCCUCUCUUGGACGCCCCAACAACUCUGGCUGCCUUGUCUCUAGCAGCCCCCGAGGAUUUGAACGGCCUUGCAGAGUCAAGGACUGAGCUGCAGACAGUGUCCCAUGAGCCUUCACUCAUGCCCCCUGCUGCACUCGCUCAGCCCCAGGCCUCUAGUCCUGAAGCCUCCACUGAAACUGUGCCUCCUGACAUGAGGCCACAGGUUGCCGUUCCUGCACUGCUCCCAGACUUGGACCCGAAGAGAACUCUGGAAAGCAGCACAGCCAAAAAGCGCAAAAAGCAGAGGAAGCGCAACAACAAGCAGAUGAUCUCUGCAACGUCAUCAGCGGUCAACGAGGACCAACCUGAGCCGGAGCUCAGCAGCAGCGUCUCAGACUCUGAUGAUGUGCCAAAAGUGCAGCCAGUUGGUGAGAGGUCUUCCUCACCUGGGCUCAUGCAGCCUGAAGCCCCCGUGGAGAGACUGGAAGCUCAGCCCACUCCUACCACAAGUGAACCGGAGCUUCCCCUUCCCGCCACGUUCAGCAAACGUGUCAAUCUCCCACUUGCAGCAGCCAAUUCAGGUGAAUGUCCCUCAGACAGGGAGUCAGCCACUUGUAACUUGUCCUCAGCCGAGGAGCAGGAACCCUCUGUGGCACCACCUCGGCCUCCCAGCACAGACGAGCCUCUCUUGGACGCUCCAACACCUCUGGCUGCCUUGUCUCUAGCAACCCCCGAGGAUUUGAACGGCCUUGCAGAGUCAAGGACUGAGCUGGAGACAGCGUCCCAUGAGCCCUCACUCAUGCCCCCUGCUGCACUCGCUCAGCCCCAGGCCUCUAGUCCUGAAGCCUCCACUGAAACUGUGACUCCUGACAUGAGGCCACAGGUUGCCGUUCCAGCACUGCUCCCAGACUUGGACCCGAAGAGAACUCUGGAAAGCACAGCCAAAAAGCGCAGAAAGCAGAGGAAGCGCAACAACAAGCAGAUGAUCUCUGCAACGUCAUCAGCGGUCAACGAGGACCAACCUGAGCCGGAGCUCAGCAGCAGCGUCUCAGACUCUGAUGAUGUGCCAAAAGUGCAGCCAGUUGGUGAGAGGUCUUCCUCCCCUGGGCUCGUGCAGCCUGAAGCCCCCGUGGAGAGACUGGAAGCUCAGCCCACUCCUACCACAAGUGAACCUGAGCUUCCCCUCCCCGCCCCGUUCAGCACACGUGUCAAUCUCCCACUUGCAGCGACUAAUUCAGGUGAAUGUCCCUCAGACAGGGAGUCAGUCACUUGUAACUUGUCCUCAGCCGAGGAGCAGGAACCCUCUGUGGCACCACCUCGGCCUCCCAGCACAGACGAGCCUCUCUUGGACGCUCCAACAACUCUGGCUGCCUUGUCUGUAGCAGCCCCCGAGGAUUUGAACGGCCUUGCAGAGUCAAGGACUGAGCUGGAGACAGCGUCCCAUGAGCCCUCACUCAUGCCCCCUGCUGCGCUCGCUCAGCCCCAGGCCUCUAGUCCUGAAGCCUCCACUGAAACUUUGCCUCCUGACAUGAGGCCACAGGUUGCCGUUCCUGCACUGCUCCCAGACUUGGACCCGAAGAGAACUCUGGAAAGCAGCACAGCCAAAAAGCGCGGAAAGGGCAGGAAGCGCAACAACAAGCAGAUGAUCUCUGCAACAUCAUCAGCGGUCAACGAGGACCAACCUGAGCCGGAGCUCAGCAGCAGCGUCUCAGACUCUGAUGAUGUGCCAAAAGUGCAGCCAGUUGGUGAGAGGUCUUCCUCACCUGGGCUCAUGCAGCCUGAAGCCCCCGUGGAGAGACUGGAAGCUCAGCCCACUCCUACCACAAGUGAACCUGAGCUUCACCUCCCCGCCCCGUUCGGCACACGUGUCAAUCUCCCACUUGCAGCGACUAAUUCAGGUGAAUGUCCCUCACACAGGGAGUCAGUCACUUGUAACUUGUCCUCAGCCGAGGAGCAGGAACCCUCUGUGGCACCACCUUGGCCUCCCAGCGCAGACGAGCCUCUCUUGGACGCCCCAACAACUCUGGCUGCCUUGUCUCUAGCAGCCCCCGAGGAUUUGAACGGCCUUGCAGAGUCAAGGACUGAGCUGCAGACAGUGUCCCAUGAGCCUUCACUCAUGCCCCCUGCUGCACUCGCUCAGCCCCAGGCCUCUAGUCCUGAAGCCUCCACUGACACUGUGCCUCCUGACAUGAGGCCACAGGUUGCCGUUCCUGCACUGCUCCCAGACUUGGACCCGAAGAGAACUCUGGAAAGCAGCACAGCCAAAAAGCGCAGAAAGCAGAGGAAGCGCAACAACAAGCAGAUGAUCUCUGCAACGUCAUCAGCGGUCAACGAGGACCAACCUGAGCCGGAGCUCAGCAGCAGCGUCUCAGACUCUGAUGAUGUGCCAAAAGUGCAGCCAGUUGGUGAGAGGUCUUCCUCCCCUGGGCUCAUGCAGCCUGAAGCCCCCGUGGAGAGACUGGAAGUUCAGCCCACUCCUCUCGCAUAUGAACCUGAGCUUCACCUCCCCGCCACUCUCAGCACACGUGUCAAUCUCCCACUUGCAGCGGCCAAUUCAGGUGAAUGUCCCUCAGACAGGGACUCAGCCACUUGUAACUUGUCCUCAGCCGAGGAGCAGGAACCCUCUGUGGCACCACCUCGGCCUCCCAGCACAGACAAGCCUCUCUUGGAUGCCCCAAGAACUCUGGCUGCCUUGUCUGUAGCAGCCACCGAGGAUUUGGACGCGAAGAGAACUCUGGAAACUCAGAAGAGCUCGUCUCCCUACCUGAGGGAGUUGAUGGCGGCUGUGUGCAAGGCAGCAGUGAAAGAAAACACCACCUGUCGGGUGCACGCGGCCCUCCUUCAGAGGAGAAUGCCUGUAACACUCGAGUACCGUUACUCAGAGAGGGAGCGGCAGAUGAAAGCUCUUCGGGAACUUCAGGCGCUGAUCGUCGCCCUCGAUCAGCCUCCGGACCUCCUCCGGAUUUUCUUCCAUUGCAUGUAUGACAAGGACGUCAGCUCCAAGGACACGUACUGCAAGUCGGGGGCGGCCAAAGAACUGGCCGAUCAGCUGGGCAAUGGUGUGGCCCUCAAGACCGUCACGGCCUUCUUCACCUGGCUGCGGGAGGCGGAGUCCCAACCUGAUUGAAGAUGGGAGACCCCCGGGGGACAUGACUCUUAUUCUUCCUUUUAUUU